UCGGUUAUGCAUAUAAGAGAUCAUCAAAUCGUCACAAACACAAAGGCCAAAUAAAAAUAAAAUUCAUUCCUCUCUUUUCCCUCUUCAUCCGUAUCUCUCCGUGAGAAGGAGCCGCGUGUAAAAGAGAGAUUUGACUCUGACCAAGCAAUUACUACUUUGUGGUCGGGCUGUCAUAACUUGACAGCCCGAGUUCGCUAGUUUCAAGCACCAAAACGAAGCUUCCUUCCUGGACUCGUUUCCAUUGCAUUCGAGACUUGUAUGCUAGAUUGUGGUCAUCAUGGGUUCUUUGUCUGGGAAUAUUCAACGGCCACUUGUUGCCGCUGCAGCUGUUAUCGCCGCUUCUGUCUCUGCUGAUGUCUCUGACAAGUUCUCCUCUCUUAGAUCACUACUUCUAGGUUCUGAACCAGAGCCUGUUGUUUCUGCUUCAGUGUCUAGUUCUGUUCAGGACGAAAAGUCGUUAUGGGUUUCUCAUAUCUCAGCCUCCAAGCUCGCUGAUUUGUCUUUCCUGUCAAGGAGGAUUAGUCUCCCUGUACCAAAUCUUGAUCUCCUAGCUCCUAACCCCAGCUGUACUCUCCCUCCUUCUCUUACUUCGUUACCUGCUCUUCGUAGCGCUUAUCAGUCUGCGGAGUUGGUCAAGGCAUCAAAACCAGCAGCAUUCACAACAAUAGGAGCCUCCUCGCUUGUGGUUCCUGAUGUUUCUUACAAAUGGCAUUUGCCUGAGACUAGUGCAGUUGAUCUCUCUGGCUCCUCGAGAUGUGCGUUGGAGAAGAGCAGGACUGUUGUGGUAUUGCUUGGGUGGCUUGGGUCGAAGCAGAAGCAUAUGAAGAAAUACGCGGAAUGGUAUACUUCUAGGGGUUACCAUGUCAUCACGUUUACUCUCCCCAUGAAUGAGAUUAUGAGCUAUCAAGUCGGAGGAAAAGCGGAGAAGAACAUCGAGUCGCUGGUUAACCACUUGGCUGAUUGGUUGGAUGAAGAGCAACAGAAGAAUCUCGUCUUUCACACCUUCAGCAACACCGGAUGGUUAACAUAUGGAGCCAUUUUGGAAAAGUUUCAGAAGCAAGAUUCUUCAUUGAUGGGAAGGGUUAAAGGGUGCAUAGUAGACUCAGCUCCUGUUGCUGCUGCUGAUCCUACUGUAUGGGCGUCAGGUUUCUCAGCAGCGUUCUUGAAGAAAAACAGUGUAGCUACUAAAGGAUCCGCAAGCUCAUCAUGUGAGUCAAACAUGGGAGCACGUAUAAACUUCUCAGAACCUAAACCCGCUGCAACAGAAACAGCUUUGCUUUUGAUUCUCGAAAAGUUCUUCUCGGUGAUUCUUAAUCUUCCCAAAGUAAACAGGAGACUAGCUGAUGUUCUAGACACUUUAUCAUCAUCACAACCAAGAUGUCCACAGUUGUACAUUUACAGCUCCGCGGAUAGAGUUAUACCCGCGGGCCAAGUUGAGUCAUUCAUUGUAGAGCAGAGGAAAGCAGGACACGAGGUCCGUGCCUGCAACUUCAUAUCUUCACCUCAUGUAGACCAUUUCAGGAGUAACCCAGAGCUUUAUACGGCUGAGCUUAACCAUUUCAUGGACAACUUUGUCCUUGCUUGUUGCAACCAUUCUUCUUAGCGACCGUCCACACAAGUGGUGUUGUUGUUACUAACUUUUAUUCUUUGGGUCAUUUUUCUACAGAGAAGAAAAAAAAGGACAACUUGAUGAUUCUUUUGGUUUGGAUUGGUAUAUGUAGAUUGAAUUAUUACAGUUAACCGACUGUAUCUUCUCUUGUAAAUGGUUGGAUUAUUUUUUUUU